GCAAUGGGUGUGAAGACUCUGUGGCCAGUGCUACAGGAGGCUGUGGACAGUACAGACAAGAAUGUUUCAGUACAGUCACUACAGGGCAAGCGAGUGGCAGUAGAUCUCAGCAGCUGGAUUGUAGAGUUUCAAACCGUCAAGACCAAGGGCACAUAUUUUCUUAAGAAUCUGUACUUGAGAUCUCUGUAUUAUCGUACCACUGAGCUGUUGGGCUACGGUAUCAAACUGAUCUUUGUGGCAGAUGGAACUGCUCCGGACAUGAAAGCUGCUGUAAUGAAGAAACGCCAGGAGGCCCAAUCUGGAGGGACAAUUGCAUCCAUUGACCCCAGCAGAUCACGUUUCUCUCCCAUGAUAGAAAAGUGUAAGGAGCUACUGAAGUAUCUGGGUGUGCCAUUUCUGUACAGUAAUGGAGAAGGAGAAGCAUUAUGUGCUAUUCUUAAUGCAGAAGGACUGGUGGAUGGUGUUAUGACAAAUGAUGUAGAUGCAUUUCUUUAUGGGGCUACAACUGUUUACAGAGACUACCGAUCCAUAUCAGGGGUGCAUGUUGUUGAUAUCUACGAGAUGCAGAAGAUUCAGUACAAGCUUGGAUUGGAUCAGAGAACAAUGGUGGUGGUCGCAUUGUUGGUGGGAUGUGACUUUUGUAAAGAAGGGUUGGAAGGUAUUGGGAUCAAGAAAGCUCUGGCACUAAUUGACAAAAUCAAAAUGCAUGGACAGGACCCUCUUGACAGAUUGGUUGGGUGGAGGAAUAACAAAGAAUUACAAGAUCUAGACAAGGUGCCGAAAUCAAAACAUUGCAGCAACUGUGAACAUGAAGGUGAAAAAUCCAGUCACAAAGUGGAGGGAUGUGGUUAUUGUGAAACAUCAGUGUCCUGUACACCAGCACACAGACCAAGUUCUGCCACUGAGUCAGGUAUCUCCACUCCUUCAACAAAACCAUGCAGAUGUUCCUGGCACCAACGCAAGGACCAUGAGUUAGAGCUGCAGAUUUGGACCAAAGCAAAAGCAAAUGAAACAUUUCCUGAUCAAGAGAUUAUCAAGGAAUAUUUAACAGCUCACCAAUCUACGGAAUCACCUGACCUGACUUUUCACCCAGUCGAUAUUUCUGGUGUAAAGCGUUUCAUGACAAGUUAUUUUCCAUCCAUCAAUUCAACAGUCGGAGAGUUUUAUUCCAAUUUUGCUUUUGUCCUAGUUCAACUCCAACUCCACAACAUGACUGAGUGUCUCAUACCCUCCACCACUCUUACACCACUCAGAAUAAUACAUACCAGGAAGAGACAGGCAAUCCCUCACUUGGAAGUUCACUGGUCUAAGUUAGAGGAAGACAAAGAAACAAAUGGCAACUAUUACAUAGUUACAUCAGAAACUACCUGUUUUCAAGAAAAAUUUCCAGAUAUGGCUGCUUCAUUUUUUAAGGAAUUACAUGACCAAAAAGAUAUGAAGAUAUCUAGGAUGAAGAGAAAGGCUGAUGAUUCAGAUGGAAGUUCUGCGCAAACUCUCCUUAAAGCUUAUUUCAAAACUGUAAAAUAAAGGGUAUGGUGUUGAGGCCAGUCUAGGGACGACCCUAAUUGUCAAGGCAGCUUGUCCCAGUCAGAUAUCACAACAACUAGUUGGUCCUUACUCUGGAUUUGUGGAGCAGAUUGGUUACCCUCAGCUCCUAGUCAAAUAUAACACCAAUAUGAACGAACUACACAACCAACAUGGUAGUAGAGGAAAACCUCUCAGUACCAUUAUCUUCACAUUUAAGCUUUACUGCUUUUUGCUUGAUGUUCAGCGUUAAUUGGUGUGAUUUAGGAAUGGUUUUUCAAUCAUGCAAUUGCUUUUUAUUCUCCUUUAAAGCUGUGAUGUAGCUAGGAGUUCUGGUAUAGUUGUCAUGUGAUCUUAGGUGCUAGAAAACAGCUAUAAGGAAGUGUAAGGACGUUUUAUAUAUAAUGUCACCAUAACAUUUAUUGACCUUAUAUUUUCCAUGACGUUUUAACACAGGUCCAAUGUUUUAUUAUCUAUAUAGAUGGAAAACUGUGUCUAAA